AUGGAGAGAAAAGAAAAUGGGCUGAUCGGAGAAGAUUCUCACCCAGACCUACCUUUCUCCGGCGGCGGCGAGGGCUCUGUCUUGAGCUCUAAUUUUGUCCUGGAUCAUGUUGGGGAGGUCGUUCUUACACACACUGCUGAUACGUUGUCUUGGAAAUCAAUUGAUUCAUUGCGUAAUGAAGACGAUAAAGUUUCGUGCUUGGGAUUGAAAAUGGCUUCUGAUGCUAAAAUGGAGGUUAAUUUUUCUGAUAUUUAUGCUGUUGACUUCAUUGACUGGGGUGUGGUAAACGGUUCGGUUGUUUCCAAUGGCGAAGGUUCUCUUUUGGAUCAUUCUUCCGAGAUGUACCGAUUUACUUUGCAUUUUGUUUACGGAAGAAAGGCCCAAUCAUCUCUUUGGUCGCCGUCAGUUUACACUUUUGGUCAUAAUAAUCCGGAUAUCUGUAAGAGUUGGGUUAGCCAGAUUAAUGCUUAUCUACAUGUGGAAGCUAAGAGACCAAAGAAUCUUCUGGUCUUUGUUCAUCCAAGGAGUGGCAAAGGACAAGGAUGUAGAAUCUGGGAAGCAGUAGCUCCACUAUUUCUUAAAGCCAAAGUGAAAACAAAGGUAAUAGUGACAGAGAGAGCUGGGCAUGCACGUGAUGUUUUGGCCUCAAUCAGUAAUCAGGAUCUGAGACUAUUUGAUGGUAUUGUAGCUGUUGGUGGUGAUGGAUUUUUCAAUGAAAUUCUUAACGGGAUUCUCUUGUCGAGGCAUAAAGCUCCAUAUCCACCAAGCCCCACCGACUCCAUGCAGCCUGUCGAGAACUCCGAACAUGUUGGACCUCACGACCAAAAUAGUGAACAAGACCCCGAGUUUCCUUUUCCUAAUGAAAUGUUCAGAUUUGGGAUUAUUCCAGCUGGAUCAACUGAUGCCAUUGUGAUUUGUACAACCGGGGCUCGAGACCCGGUGACAUCAGCCUUGCAUAUUAUCCUUGGUAAGAGGGUGGACCUUGAUAUAGCUCAAGUUGUAAGAUGGAAAGAGACACAUGCAUCAGUUGAAGAACCCUGUGUACGCUAUGCAGCUUCUUUUGCUGGUUAUGGCUUCUAUGGAGAUGUCAUCACAGAAAGCGAGAAAUAUCGAUGGAUGGGACCUAAGAGAUACGACUAUGCUGGGACAAAAGUUUUUCUUCAGCAUAGGUCGUACGAGGCAGAAGUGAAUUAUGUUGAAGUCCAAUCGGAAAGUGCAAGCUGUCGGUCUGAAAUUGAUCCUCAAGUCAGUAGUACAAGACUUUGGUGUAUCCCUAAACGGCCAAAUUGGGUUAGGUGCCGCGCUAACUGCACGGUAUGCAACUCGAAAUCACACGACCCCUUAAUUGGGCCACCCAGCCCAUCUGAAAACUUAAAAGGUCUGAGAUGGUCAAAGUCCAAAGGACUGUUUCUUAGUGUGGGUGCAGCCGUAAUAUCUUGCCGAAAUGAAAAGGCUCCGAAUGGCCUAGUAGCUGAUGCUCAUCUCUCUGACGGGUUCAUGCAUCUUAUAUUAAUAAAAGACUGUCCUCACCCUUUUUAUCUAUGGCACCUCAUACAACUCACAAGGAGAAGCGGUGACCCUCUUGAUUUUGACUUUGUCGAACACCAUAAAACUCCAGCUUUCACAUUCACUUCGUCCGGAAAGGAGGGAAUAUGGAAUGUGGACGGUGAGCCUUUUCGAGCACAUAAGCUAUCUGCCCAAGUGUUUCGUGGCCUUGUCAGCUUGUUUGCAACAGGUCCCUUGGAUUAG